UAUCCCUCCAAAAAAUAAAUAAAAUGGACACCCAAUAUACUCUACCUGUGUUCUAGCACUUGCACAAGUCAAACUUCACAAUGGAAAGUCAACAUUCUUUGGAACUAGAGUGGUCAAACCAUGAAAUCAUGGCCAAAGAAGAUGAAGUUUUCACCUUUCAAUACCAAUUGCCUUCUCUUGAUAUAAGCACUUGCGAUUUGAACGAUCAUUUGAUGAAUUUGCAAAGUCAAAGUCAUGACCUUGAUGCUACUUAUGUUAUGGAUAUCAUGUCAAAAAGUUAUCCAGUGUGUUCUUCAAUAGAUAUCUUACCAGAUCUUUCUACACCUUUUGAAGAUGGUUUUAUGGGUGGAAGAUACGGUGAUCAAUUAGGGUUUCAUGAUCAAGAAAUGUUCAUGAUGAACUCAUUAGGGUUUCCAAUGCAAGAAGCUUACACAAUGAACUCAUUUGGGUUGCUUCCAAAUCAAGAAACAAACAACAUGAAUUACUCAUUCGGGUUGUCUUCAAAUCAAGAAUCAAACGCAGCGAAUUACUCAUUCGGGUUGUUUCCAAAUCAAGAAACUUACAUGAUGAACUCAUUAGGGUUUUCUUAUCAAACCAAACAAGAUCAGUUAGUUAUGGAUACAAAGAAUGUUAACGAUAAAGAAGAGAUGAAAACGGUAGGAUCUGAGUGUCAAGAAGUGCAAAAGGAGGUUGAGUUUAAUGGUGUUAAUGGAAAUGGUGAUGGUUGUGGUGUUAAUUAUCAGUCACGAGUGACAUUAAGCAGGGAGGUAAUAUCACAGUACUUUUACAUGCCGAUCACACAGGCUGCAAAAGAACUUAAUGUCGGGUUGACACUCUUGAAGAAACGAUGUCGUGAAUUGGGUAUUCGUCGUUGGCCUCAUCGAAAACUUAUGAGCCUUCAAACCCUAAUCACCAAUGUUCAGGAGUUAAAGAAAUCAUCUGGGAAUGGAGCGGAAGAAGUGAUCGAGUUAUUGGAGAAAGAAAAGAAGAAAAUGGAAGAAAUUCCGGAUCUACAACUCAAAGAUGACACGAAAAGAUUGAGACAAUCAUGCUUCAAAGCGAAUUACAAGAAGAGGAAGACAUUGAAUGUUAAUAUGCAGUCAUCUUCUUCGUGUUCUAGCACCUGUGUUGAUGAUCAUGGAAGCUUUGAAGCUAUGGAGGAUGGUUAUUGUGACUGCUUUCCCUUUUCAAGCAACGUUUUGUUUUAACUUUGAAGAGUGUAUAUGCUUUUGAGUUUUGAGAAACACUUUGUGGUUGAACAUAUGGGAUCAUAGACCUUAUAGUAAUAUUAUCGUACUACUUUUUUUGGUCGAGUUGUACCGUACAAGUUAAUGUUGCUAUUUUGCUCGCAUUAAGUUUGGAA